GUGAUGUCAUAUUGGUGGGCGGAGCUUGGGAACUCCCUGUGAAACAUUGAAGCAUCAUGUUUCAGUAUGAACAUUAGCACGGAGGAAUUCCGCAGCCGAGGACGAGCUUUCCCAUUGAGUACAAACCACUGUCUGGAUUACAAAGCCUCAAGAAGCCGGGAUCUCUUACACUCCUGACGGAAUUGUCACAUCUUUCCAUUGCCCUUUCGUUUUCUUCCUCACUUCUUUAUCUGGUGUGGUUUUAAGCCUGGUGGUGGACAGUCGGUGGGCACCACUAUGUGUCAUGUUAUAGUAACAUGCCGCUCUAUGCUAUGGACCAUCCUGAGCAUUGUCGUUGCCUUUGGAGAACUGAUCGCCUUCAUGAGCGAGGACUGGCUGAUUGGUAAAGCAAAGAAUGGUGACAUUGAUAACAGGACUGGAUGGCCGCAGGAGCCUUACCGCCCCACGCUGGGCAUUUAUGGACGUUGUAUUAAAAUGCCUCAAGUGCAGUAUUUCCGGAGAGACCCCCUUUGCGGUCCCUAUGCUGAACAUUUCAAUGAGAUUGCUAGUGGCUUCUGGCAGGCUACCGCUAUCUUCCUAGCAGUGGGCAUCUCAAUCCUAUGUAUUGUAGCAUUUGUGUCUGUCUUCACCAUGUGCGUACAAAGUGUGAUGAAGAAGAGCAUAUUCAAUGUCUGUGGGCUGCUACAAGGAAUAGCAGGUCUCUUCCUAAUUCUUGGCUUAAUUCUGUACCCUGCUGGUUGGGGAUCACCCAAGGUUGUUGGUUACUGUGGACAUUAUGCUUCAGCAUACAAGCUUGGAGAAUGCUCCUUAGGCUGGGCUUUCUACACAGCCAUCGGAGGAACCGUCCUCACCUUUAUCUGUGCAGUAUUCUCUGCACAGGCUGAAAUCGCCACCUCCAGCGACAAAGUUCAGGAAGAAAUAGAAGAAGGAAAGAACCUCAUCUGCUUACUUUAACGAGCAGCAAUGUGCUGCCCAUCGCAAAAACUUCUUAAAGGGAUCGACUUGUUUACGUGGCCUACAGCGCACAUUCGUGGACUAAUGAUCAUAUUAUGCCAUGCUGCCUUUUGUCUUCCUGUGUGAGAAGAUUGUAGGUGGGACCUAAAGACAAGAUGGUGGUGCACAGCACACAGAGGUGCAGCCGUAUUGACUUGUGUACAGUAUUUGCUCAAUAGAAGCAUUCCCGGUUCUACAAGUCACUUUAAAACUGAUCUU